CAAUUACCUACGAAGGAACUCUGCACCUUUCACGAUAAAUAACUGCACCCUACCUGUGACUAUAGUGUGCUAACAUUUUGCGUUUGACAUUGUCCUCACCGAGAAAGCAUCGAGGGCCGUUUUGCUUUUUUAUAAAAUGGGUUGUGGGUCGUCAUCGUCUGCUGGCAAAACUGUUUUUGAACAGAAGCAAGAAGGAAAGACACGAUUGAAAGACGCUGAUGUUCGUAUCGGACUGAACGGGCCGGUACAAGUAGCCAAGCAACCUUUCGCACCUGCAGGUUCGCCGGCAAUUUACCAUGGUACUAUUCUUCCUAUGACGGACUUCAAUCCUGACGUGUCAGCUGACAAACUACGAGAAUCUAUGAAAGGAGUCGGCACGAAAGAUGACGAAUUGAUUCAAGCAAUAACAGCUCUGACCAACGAACAGAGACAGGUGGUCAGAAAGACAUAUCAUUCAAAAUUCGGAAGGGAUUUAAUUCAAGACGUAAAAAGUGAAACCAGCGGCGAUUUUGAAGACGUGUUGGUGCAUCUGUUAGAACCAGCUGCAGAGUACGAUGCCUGGCUCCUACACGAGACUAUGGAUGGCCCCGGUACGGAAGAAGACAUUCUUCUUGAGAUAUUAUGUUUUAGAACAAAAGAAGAACUCACAGCAAUAAGACAGGCCUACCAUCAGAAAUACGGGAAAACUUUAGACGACGAUAUAAAGGGCGACACCAGCGGUAACUUUGAAAAGAUGCUACUUAUUCUCUUAGAGGGAGUGCGUGAUCGACCACAUGUUGUAGUGGAGGCCUUCGCUAGAGCCGACGCCAAACUGAUGUACGAUAGUGGUGAGGGGAGACUCGGUACUGACGAUGACCGAUUCAUCGAUAUUUUCACUACACGUAGCUGGGAUCAGUUAGCUGCUUCAACGUUCAUGUACGAAAAGAUGUAUGGUAAACCUAUUGAACAAGUGCUAGAAAGUGAAUUCUCUUUCGACAUGCUUUUUGCGUUGAAGAAAAUGGUUGUGUUUGCACGUGAUCGGGCCACGUACUUCGCUACCAUGCUGUACGACUCGAUGAAAGGACUCGGUACAGACGACGAAUAUUUGCAACGUCUCGUGAUCACAAGAUGUGAGGUUGAUAUGCUGGAAAUCAAGGAAGCAUUCAAACAAAAAUACGGCCUGACGCUGAGUAAAAUGAUAAGAGACGAUACGAGUCAUAAAUACAAAGACGUUCUACUAGCCCUUAUCAAUUAAAAUAUUAACCAAUCACGAGCACGCGGUCUUCCACAUAUUGGCGACACUUUCAUGACAACCGAACAUUCUGUUUGAAGGGUGUCACCUGCGGAAAUUUCAGCAUUACAAUAAGUUUUUCUGCAAUUCAAUGAACCAUCCGGGAUAUUUCUCCGCCUUCUCCGUCCAGCCAAAGUCCAUAGGGACACGGUAUAUAUCAUGUUGCUCUAGUGUCGUUGAUUGGCUUCAAACGUUACGUUAAAUUGUUACAGUAAUCGUGCAAGGCAUCACAUGGGACCCACAUCGCCAUGACUCACGUGCCAGUGCUUCACAAGAUGACAAUAUAUAUUUUUAAAAAUGAAAAAUUUUUCUAUACAUUUACAUUUUAACAUAAAAAUUAAAUAUCACUGAAUUAUGCAAUAUUCGAAUAUGUCAAAUAGUUUCACAGUUUGCUUUCAUACUUUCUUAAAUUUUGUAAUCCUAUC